AUGAAGCGCUUUCUAGCCGGCACCAGUCGGGGACAUGUGCUGUUGUUUUCUGUCCCAUGUCGCAGUCAUGCUUCAUCAAGCUCGCACGUCCCAGUCUUUCCUACUCGAUUGUGGCAUCCACAUACAAAACCUGUGACACAUAUUUCGUCUGCCUAUAUUCAGUCCGAAUCCGCUCCUAACACACACGAGUCACUGGAACAUACUUUGCUGAUUCUCAGUGCCUCUGAGGAUUCCCAUGUCGCGAUGGUGAUUGCAGUCAGCCAUGCAUCUGGCUCGCUUUAUAUGGUUCGCUUUGCCUUGGUCGAAGCACCCGCUUACUCGUCGGUAAUCGGUAUGGACAUUGCCAGUCCCGGUGGUCGUCUGCUGUAUCGCAUCGAUGUAUUAGAGCAAACAUUACUCGCCACGAGUCCACAUGCCAUCACCAAAUGCUCGCUCAAUAGCACAGCAAAACACGUCCAAUCUCAUGUGGGUUCUGUGGGGUUGAAGUUGAUAAGUUCAACUCAGGUCAAUCCACCGGCCACAAGUACCCAUACCACGCAACCAUUGUCAGAUUUCCGUUUGGCUACUUGUGAAUUAGACGGAACUUUGGGCGUUUGGAGUUUACGACCUCCAAGACUUAUCCGAUCUUUUCGAUUGGGUUAUCUCCGCGUUGUCAAUCCUUGGACUGCAAAGUAUGAGCGGUCUGUUCAACUGCUUCCGCCAUCGACCACAUUGUUCCAGAAUUCAAGCAGUGUUUCAUCAACAUUACUGUGUGCUGUGCUUCGAAAGUGGUCCAGAGAACUUGUUCCGAUCGGAGUGGCUGGUCCGCGGCAUGGUUCUGUCGAACCACCAUGCUUCACUCCACCUGAGGGCUGCAUACCUGCGGCUUUGGAUAACUCUCAAUUCGAACUGACUUCUAUACACCGUUCGCCUCUGUCUAGCGGUUCUGUUAUGGUCAGUCUGGCUGAUAGUGGUCGCACUCUGGUGAUUGUGCCACUCACUACCCUGCAGCCCGAUUGA